AAUACAAAUAAAACGCAGCGCAGGCAAAUUGUGUGCAGUUAAAAACACGCUUUUAUCUAAGCCCCAAAGUGUUCAUUCGGACCAUAAAAUAUCCACUGUGUACUGCUUUGUGUCAUACCGAUAUCAGUGAAUGAGUGUGCGGCCGCGCUCUUGUGUGCGGAUGAGAGCUCGCGAGCUGCUAAUUAAAUUAUAAAACAUACAGAAGCGUUAAAAGAAGACGACGACCGUCCAACCAAGCCCACAAUCCCCACUAUUUGGCCUAUUUCGCUGAGGCGGCGCAAAGAAGAUACGACAAAAGAGGCAGAAAAGCAGAAACAGGCAGAAAAAGACUAAUAGAAGCUUUCUCCAAAUCUAGUUUUCCUUGUUGGACUCUCGCCCAGAGCCGUCGCCAGCUCCUGCACUAUGUAGAGGCCAAAAUAUCAUCAUCGAACUGAGAAACAGACCAACUAAAGUAGCAACUAAUUGCCUGCCUGCGAAGGCGAAGGAGAACGAGAAUAAGCAGAAUCGAAAGCAGAAGCAGUAGAGCAAAGAUGUCGUUCAUAACUAACCUUAAAAAGGUCUUUCACCUCGGCGGGGGUGAGGCCAAGAAGAAGCGCCUGUACAAUAACAUCAAAAUGGACUCGGAUCCGGCGGAAUUCUGGGAGAUGGUUGGCGAACUGGGCGACGGAGCCUUUGGGAAGGUAUACAAGGCCCAGCACAAGGAGCAUAGGCGCUUCGCAGCGGCCAAGAUGUGCACGCUGGAAGAUGAGGAGAACCUGAGCGACCACAUGGUCGAGAUUGACAUCCUCUCCGAGAUCAAGCAUCCCAACAUCGUCGAACUCUACGAGGCCUUCUCCCUAGAGGACAAGUUGUGGAUGCUCAUUGAGUACUGCGAUGGUGGGGCCUUGGACAGCAUCAUGGUGGAGCUGGAGAAGCCAUUGACUGAGCCGCAAAUCGCCUACGUUUGCAAGCACAUGACGGAGGGUCUGACGUUUCUCCACAAGAACAAGGUCAUUCAUCGUGACUUGAAGGCCGGAAACGUUCUCCUCACCAUGGAGGGGGGCGUCAAAUUGGCGGACUUUGGUGUCUCGGCCAAGAAUAAACACACAAUGCAGAAGCAUGACACAUUCAUCGGCACACCCUAUUGGAUGGCCCCCGAGCUGGUGCUGUGCGAAACGUUUCGUGACAAUCCGUACGAUCACAAGGUUGACAUCUGGUCGCUGGGCAUAACACUUAUCGAGCUGGCCCAAAUGGAGCCGCCCAACAGUGAAAUGUCCCCGAUGCGAGUGCUGCUCAAAAUCCAAAAGAGCGAGCCACCCAAACUUGAGCAGCCCAGCCGGUGGAGCAAGGAAUUCAACGAUUUCCUAAAGAAGUCUUUAGUCAAGGACCCCCAACUGAGACCCACUUCGGAUGUGCUGGUGCAGCACAGUUUCAUCAACAGGGAUCUGGACUGCAAGCCCAUCAAGGAUCUGCUGCUCGAGUACAAGGCCGAGGUCGUGGAGGAGGUGGUCGAUGACGAGACCGAGGAACCCCGCAACUCGGCGCUCCAGCUCGACCUGGACGAUGACUCCGCCUCGCUGCGGAGCCAAGACAUUGACAAACUUCCAGGUACACCUACAUCCAUACUGCGGGAUUCCAAAGAGCAGUCCCAACCAGCAGCGGUAGCAGCAGCAACAGCAGCAGCAGCAGCAGCAGCAGCGGCAAAUAAAGCCACAAUCCCUGAGAAACAAUCUAACCACAAGGAGGACAAUGCGCUGGUGCUGGCUGAACCGGCAGCUCUACCGCCGCAUACCAAAGUGCCUGCCCCAGCGCCACCCAACAGCUUUGCCCAACAAAACCAGCAACAACAACAGCCACAGCCGCAAACCCAAGCAGUUGUUGCUCCUGCUGCAGUGCUGCAAAAGAUACCCGAAGAUUUUGCUGCUGUCGAAGCGGAUAAAAAGCACUUUAUCAAAAAGGAGAAGGGCAAAGCGCCGCCACCACCAUCGACAACGUCAUCGCCAUCGGGAGCCACCGCAGCCAUUGCCGCUGCCAAUGCAAAGCCUCAGACCACGCCCGAACCCCCCUCCCACUCCCCCACAUCAGCCAUUGAGGUGGCCAUUGGUGGCCCAGAGGCAAUGGAGCAGCAGAAACCGCAGCCACCAUCGCCCACAGCCUCAUCCAUCAUAUCCGUGCAGUCGGUGGCCUCCUCCAACGCGUCGUCUUCGUCGGGGGGCAGUGUGUCGAAUGCUGUCCUCAGCUCCAGCACCUCCCUGAUCACCAUCAACAGCGAUGCGCCGCCACAGCAGCAGCAGCUGCAUCUGCAGCCACAGCCACAUCAACCACAGCACCUGGUGCUGCCAAACAGCUUGGAGUCGGUUAGUCAGAUUACAGUCGUGACCAGCACCCAUCCGCCUGUCAUCAUUGACAACUCUGUGCCGCCCCAGAACGAGGUGGUGAUUGUGUCGAACGACUUGAACAAGAGCACGCAUCUGAAUGAGUCCUCCACGGACGAUGACUUCCCCUCACUGGACGACAGUUUGGGCGAUGCCACGACACCGCCACACAAGCAAUCAUCGAUGAUAUUGUCCGUCAAUGAGCCAUCCGGAGCUCCACAGGCCCCACCACAGCCUGCAGGAGCAGUGCAUGCCCGCAAACUGGACGAGAGCGAGGUCCUGAUUGUGAGCCCCUCCUUUGGAGACGAUGAUUCGGCCUACAACACGGCCUCGGGCAGUCACAGUCACGACCACAGUGACCAGCUGAUGGACACCAGCCAUGUGUCCGUUGUCACUGUGGGUGACGAGGUCAUCAAGGUGAAGGACAGCAGCAACGAGGUACUCAAGCGACCUCAGCCCAACGGCAUUGUACCCGAAGACGUGAACAUAAUCGUGAAUCGGUUCAAGCCCUCCAGCGAUCAUGAGAAGCGCACCUCGCCGGACAGCUCGUUGAGCGAGAACGGUUCGGUGCGAGGGCGUCGCGGCAUUGAGGUACAGAUCAGCGGCUCGGAUGUGGACAGCAUCGGCACCAACACUAGUCAGGACAGCCGACACGAGACAGAUCACAAGCCACAGGCGCAGCAGCAGACACCAGCCAGUGUGCUAAUGCCGCCGCCUCCUCCGUCGUACAACAACCACACGCAGACCAUUGACGAGGAGGAGGAGGUCGUGAUACGGCCCAAGACGCGCGUACCGCCGGUAGCCAAGUCCGGGGGCUCAAGUGGUCUCACCAAAGAGGAAAUCGAGCUGCGCAAUCUGCGCAAGAAAACGCGCAAGAGGACGCGUAAGUUCGAGAUCGAUGGCGUGCAGAUGACGACCACCACGAGUCGGGUGAUCUAUGGGGAUGAGGAGAACGGACGCAUCUACGACGAUCACGAUUUCCGGAAGCAAGAGCUGCGCGAGCUCAAAAUGCUGCAGAAGCAGGAGAAGAAGCAGCAGAACGAGUUGCAUGUGAAGGAGCAGAUGGCCAAGGAGCAGCAGGAUCGCCGCUUCGAGCAGGAACGCUCCUCGCUGGAGAAGACCUACGAGGCGGAUAUGGAUAUGCUGGCUCGCCAGCACAAGCAGCUCGUAGAGAAGACCGAGCAAACGCAAGAGAACGAGCUCAGGUCCUCCUCGAAACGCAUCCGAUCCGAGCAGGAGCAGGAACUGAAGAUUUUCCGCGAGAACCUCAAGCAGGAGAUCCGUUUGCUUAAGCAGGAGGUCGAUCUGUUUCCCAAAGACAAGCGCAAGGACGAGUUCAAGCAGCGACGCUCGGCCAUGGAGCUCGACCACGAGGAAAAGGAGCGCGCCUUCCUCGACUCCCUUAAGGAACGACACGAGCUGCUGCUGCGGCGGCUCAGCGAGAAGCAUCGCGACCAUCUGGCCACCAUCAACCGCAACUUCCUGCAGCAGAAACAGAAUGCGAUGCGGACGCGGGAGGCCCUGCUCUGGGAGCUGGAGGAGAAGCAGCUUCACGAACGCCAUCAGCUUUCGAAGAGGCACGUGAAGGAAAUCUGCUUCAUGCAGCGCCAUCAGAUGAUCGUCCGCCACGAGAAGGAGCUCGAUCAGGUGAAGCGCAUGCUGCAGCGCAAGGAGGAGGACAUGGUCAAGAAGCAGACGCUCGAGAAGCGUGCCCUGCCCAAGCGUAUCCGCGCCGAGCGCAAGGCCCGCGACCUCAUGUUCCGCGAAUCGUUGCGCAUUUCGACGAACCUGGAUCCAGAGAUCGAGCGCGAUCGCGUGAAGAAGUUCCAAGAGCAGGAGAAGAAGCGCUAUAUGCAGGAGGAGCGUCGCUUCGACAUCAAGCAUCAGAAGCAGCUGGAAGAACUGCGCGCUACCCGCGAAAGCGCCAUAAGGGAACUGGAGCAACUGCAGAAUGAGAAGCGCAAGGCGCUGGUGGAGCACGAGCAUGUCAAGCUCCAGGAGAUCGAUGAGCGCCUCAAGGCUGAGCUGCGCGAGUGGCGCGAACAGUUGGUGCCCCGCAAACAGAGAGUGAAUGCGCUGAUCAAGACGGCCAUCGAUGAGCACGAGAAGCGCUUUGGCCUAGUGUCCAAUCGGGCGGAGUUCGAGGACCAGGAGGUGGAGCUGCCAGUGCGGUUGCGGGGGAUAUUCAACGACCGCUCCACCAGACUGGUGCCCCGCAACACCUUCAUCGAUGUGCAGCAGAUGCCGCGCUCGCGCUCCUCGCUCCUGAUGAUGGGCGGCAGUGCCGGACGAUUGUACAACUUCCGCGGCUCUGCCCCAGAUCUGAGCCGCAGUGUGCCCAGCACCCCCAUCAUGCACAAGCAGCAGCGGGCACAGAUGAUGGGCGACUUGGUGCUGGAGGAGGACGAGGACCUGCUCGUCGAGCAAAUGAAGCGGGCCAGCGUCACUACCCUGCCCGCCCAGAGCCAGCUGCGGCUCAUCACAACCCAAGCGGCGACCCAGAUGCCGACCAACGAGUUGGUCAAAGUGGUGACCAGCACUCCGCCUCUGAACAGUGCCGAGGAGCCCAAUGGCAAGCCCGCCAUGAGCACCUUCAGGCAGAGUACGCCCACACCACCACCGCUACCCAAGACGCCUGACGAUCUGGGACUGGUUAGCAACCGAUUCAGCCGGAUCGACGUCAAGGCCGCCGAGCAGGCCAGCGUCGAGCUACGCAUCCAGGAGGGACCGGUGCUGACGGCCCACACCAAACGCCUGCUGCAUUCCACCUCGUUUGCCAUCAAGCGACCCUCCCUGGCCAGCCGCAGCAGCGGCCGAUCCUCCCUGAGCAGCGCCCAGUCCAUGUACAACAUGAACGAGCUGGCCAACAGCAGAUACACCAGCGAUGCGGAGCUGAUAUUCUCUGACGCCGGCCUCAAAGCAGCCGCCCUCCUGGAUGAAGUGCAGCCGGAUCUGCGUUCGUCCGUGAAGCCGGGACACAGCCGCCUGAAUGGCAGCUCCGUCUCAGCGGACUCUGCGGCCUCAACGGACGACUUCUACUACGAGCUGUAUGCGCAGAAGUACAAGCUGCCGCGGGUCAAUCAGCGUCAGCUCAGUCUCGAAGAGGAUGCAUCGGCCGUCUAGAGAAGAACGUCUAGAGAAGGAUCAGCAACUCCAGUCCCUUGCAUGCCCUCCAGCUACUAACGAUACCCAAUACAAUCCCUACACUUACUUAUACUCAAAUCAAAACCGCUUUCCAUUCCCCCGCUUGGUGCUGGUGCUGAUGCUAACAAAAUAAACAACACACUCCCUCCCUCCCCACCACAUAUCACAUCUCUCACUAACAUAACAGACUUGACUUUUCCCUAAACACCGCCUAAGCAUCGUCUGCAUCCGGAUUUGCCAUAAUUUCUGUGUCUUGCCAAAAGUUGAUUAGUUUUGUCAGUUAAGCGAAAAAUGAAUGAUUUGUGUGCUUUUUCAACAUACGAUACAUAUUAUAUCGCGCCAGAAGCGCACUCCAUUCUAGCAGUAUUAUCCGAGUACUUAGUAAAAGAAACCAAAAACAGAAAAACCACAUAAGAAUAAAGAUGAAUCGAAACGAAACGAAGGGAAACGAAGAGAAACAAUCCGCAUUCCAUGCAUAGCAACAUGCCAAGCAUUUAUAUAGCCUAUAUCUUACUCUAGAGCCUAGACAUUCAUAUGAAUAUAAUCAUUAUAAAAAUAUACGUAUCUAUUACCAUAUCGCCAUUUUCAUGAUGCUUCACUGUACACACACACACACACCCAUACGCAUACCCACAUACAUACAUAUACCCAACAACAAUGCGCUGCUAUCGUAAAACAAAACAAAAACACACACAAAAACAAAACAAAAAACCAAAAAUCUGUAUCCAAAAACUUUUCUUGCCGGCUCUCUCCUCUUCUCGUUAAUGCGUAAAGCAACUACAGCAGCGGCUGCAACAAGAGCGUCUGGAGGAGACCUUCGCCCAGCAGCUCGACGAAAUGGAGACCCUG